AGCUAUCAGCAUUGGGGUUUUUUCAUACCUGGAGUUAUCGCUCCAGAUACGCUCCACAAACUUUCAGUAAAACAAAACUAGGUCAUAAUCGAAGGCGCUGUGAGCUGUCAAAAAAACUAGGUUGUAAAUAUGGAGGACAGCUAUUUGGCAUCAAGAAAGGCUCUCGAUGUACCGUAUAUUACAUACCCUGAAUUACUGAAAAGAAGGGCGUCUGAAACGCCAGAAAAAGCAGUGUAUGUAUUCAUCGACGGCGAAAACAGGCGUACCGUCUUAACCUUCGGUGAACUCUAUACAAAGUCAGCAAAGUUUGCAAAAAAUCUCGUGCACCUUGGUGUGAAGAAAAAUGAUAUUGUCGGCCUUAGUGGUCGAAAUGUGCCUGAAUGGCUCAUUGCUAACUUUGGAAUACAGUUGGCAGGUGGGUGUCCACUUUACCUUACAUUUUAUCGGAAAGAUGGAAACAACAUUGUGGACCUUUUUCGUAGCGUUGGUAAUGUCAAAUUGCUAAUUUUUGAUCCCGGAUUUGAAGAACAAAACUGUGCUAUAGUAAGUAACAUUCUAGAGAAGAUUUCGUCUCUGGAAAAAAUCGACUCGAAUAGCGUGUCCACUCUUGAACAUGUUAUAUCUUUUCACAGUUGUGAUCAUCUGUCUUUCAAACAUUAUAUGUCCGAUUUUUACUCCGAUGUUGAUGCCGAGCUUCCUCGCCUCGAUCCCGAGGACCUCGGAGGCAUUUUCUUGUCUUCUGGCAGCAUGGGGAUACCAAAGGCUAUCCCACAUUCUCAUAACGCUAUCGUGAUAAUGGCCCACAACUACACCUCCGGGGUUUCUACAAAAUACAAUCAAGAUGAUGUACUCUACAAUGACCGGAAAUUCUCAUGGAGUGCCGGAUACCCGCUAUGGGAAAUUGUAAGUGGCGGAACCAGAGUCGUCGCCACUCAUUCUUUUGGCAGUUCUUCUCUGGUCGUCCUGGCUGACACAGUCUCUGAUAUUAUACAGAAAGAGAAUGUGACAUGCGCAGUGCUGGUUCCUCCUGUGAUUGACCAGUUGCUGAAGGUAGAGUCUCCAGUCAAGCUUAAAAGUAUUGUUAUUCUUGGCGUUGUUGGGUGUCCUUCCGUUCUUAGUUGUGUUGGCAAGAUCUGCGAUGAACUGGCAGACAUGUACGGUAUGACCGAGUUCGGCGGGUUGGCUACUGGUUUUUAUUCUGCUGAUGACGUCAAGAACUUCAAAGAAAAGGUUCUAAGUGUACGGCCAUUUCCUGGGGUAGAACUAAAAGUAACAGAUGAAAACGGAUACCUCGUUCCUGUCGGACAAAGAGGUCAAAUACAAGUGAGAAGUCGGAAAAGAUUCACGGGAUACCUUAACCACCAGAGUCCAUUUAUAGAGAACAUGUUAAGAACCGGAUGGCUGAACUCAGAGGAUGGUGGGUUCGUCACGGAAGAAGGGUCCUUGGUUGUGGAGGGGAGGAUUAAAGGGCUGCUGCAAGUCUACGGUAUAAAGAUCUAUCCUUUCCAAAUUGAGAAUGUCAUGAAAUACAGAAACACUAUUAGUAAUGUGGUUGUUAUACCAGUGGUAGAGAAAUCGACGCAGUACCACGUGCCUUGCGCCGCUGUAAUUUACCACCAAGACUGCAACGAUACCACCGAGAACAUCCAAGAUUUUGUCCGGGAAGCGUUCAGUGUGUCCACAGAAGAUAAAUUGCUUGAACCACUGUACGUUCCCCAAGUUGUGGUAGAAUUCAAAGAGUUCCCCCUAACUUCUAGUGGUAAACCAGAUAGACACGCCAUAGCGGAGGCUGUGAGACAUAAACUUGACGGUACAAAGUACGAUUAUAUUCACUAAUUAC